CGUUUAGUUCGAUCCCCUCUCCACCCUGAAUAAUCGAGGUCAGUAUCUGUGUACAUGACAGGCCGCCGGCGGUGGAUGGCUUAUGUGAGAGGACAGAGAUUUGAAGUGCGUAACCAUUGCUAAUUGUUUAGUGAGUUUAGUAAGGACAUGUUGGACAACAUGAGGAUGACUCUUACUUCCAUAUUGGCCAUCGUGACCUGUGCUUCUGCAGCCAAAGUUUUGUUGAUCCCUGGUCCAGCUGUAAGUCAUUGUCUUGAGACUCUUGCCGUUGGUAAGGAACUUUUAAAACGAGGUCAUGAUGUAACAGUGUUUGCACACUUAUUUGACGCCAAAGCAUGUAUUAAUAGGUGGGACCUUAGCAAGUUCAAGUCAAAGUUCAAGACCCUUUCACCUGCUCUAGAUCCAGACGUGAUACAGAAACACAAUACCUUCUUCGAACAGACUGAAAAGGUGAUGAUGGACGGCACAGGUCUUCUGAAGAUGCUUAUAUUCAUGAUAAAGCCAGUGAUAACUAAUCUUUGUCAUUCUGCCUUUUCCGACCAAAACGUUCUGAACGAGCUUCAGGAGGAUAAGUAUGAUCUUGCUGUGGUAGAAGGACUACCGAUGACAGGGUGUAUCUUUUCCAUUCCUGUUUAUCUUGGAAUCCCUUAUGCAGCUACUGGUUCAUUCAUUGAUCCGCAGGAUGCUAUGAUGCCACUACAAACAACCUUAUUUCCGAGCCUUUUUUUGCCGUAUUCUAAUGACAUGACAUUUCCUGAACGCUUUAUCAACACAAUAACCUACUUUCUUAACCCUCUCAUCAAAUACGCCAUAAUUCACUCAAUAGAUCUCUCAAGCUACAGCGAAAAACUGAAAACAGUCGAUACAAGGAAUUUGAUCAAAGAUUCUGUUCUUUUUCUAGAAAACUCAGAUUAUUUCAUAGACUACCCAAAAGCACUGUUCCCCAAUUUCUUACAAGUAGGAGGCCUCACAGCUUCUCCCUCGAACCCAUUACCAGAGGAUCUGAGGAAAUAUAUUGAUGGUGCCAGGGAUGGGGUCAUCCUUGUGACUUUUGGUAGUGUUUUGAAGCAUGUGCCUCAGCGUGUGGUUGAACGGAUGACGAAUGCCAUGGCCCGAUUGGAACAGCGUAUUUUAUUCAAGCACAAUAACGAGGAGCUUAAGGGAAAUAUCAAAACCAUGAAGUGGAUACCACAGAAUGAUGUGCUUGGCCAUCCUAACGUGAAACUCUUUGUCUCCCAUUGCGGAAAAAACAGUUUAUGGGAGGGAAUAUACCAUGCCGUUCCGAUAAUUUGUACUCCUUUCGGAACUGAUGCUGUUUCAACAGGAAUUAAGGUAAUGAAGUAUGGAGUUGGGUCAUCGGUUAAUAUUCUCCAGGGAACUACUGAGGAAAUAUUUCAAACGGUUCAGGCUGUUCUUGGCAACAAGACAAUAGAACAGAAUAUGAAGACUAUGUCUGCUAUAAUGCGUGAUAGGUCGGAAACUCCCUCACAACGUGCAGCAUCUGCUGUUGAGCAUGUGAUUAAAUAUGGCGGUGAUCAUAUGAGACCUCCUGAAGUUGACUUUCUAAGCAGCAUCUAUGCAGAUGUGUGGCUGAUCAUUUUUGUCUUUCAUUUCCUCUUAGUUAGUGGGGUCAUAUUCAUAUGUCGUAAAUGUUGGAGCAUAAGAAAGGGAUUCAAUAAGCCUAAGGCAGAUUAAAUACUAUAAUUGUGUCACAGAGUGACUUAAAAGCACUCACAUUAUGACAUUUAUAGCCUUAAUCCAUUUUCCCCUGGGCCGUGUCUGUAAUCACAUCCAUAAGCCCCAUGUCCAGGGCAACGCCAUUAUCUCUUUGUCUGUCUAUUGUUGUCGAAUAGUGUGUAUAUAUGUUUAGACCUUUACUGUUAGUUAGUCUGGUAUUCCGACAGCACCUGUAUGUACAGCCGCGAGUAGGAUAUGCCUGCUUGCUGGACUUCACUAGUAAAUGUUGAGUUGGAAUCACCGCUCGACAAAGUUCUAUUA